GCAGGGCCCAGAGGAAGCAUCUCCAUUUAAUUCACCAUCGGACCAUCAAUCAUUAUUUUGCCGUAAUACAAAAUCACCAGUCCCCAGCCUGGGCAAGUCACAAUUGACUUACUUCCGCUUUUCUUCCAAUCCCCCUUUAUUUACUCUUCCAAAGCCUCUGUUUUGCUUACCGAACUGGGUCCUUGUUCGUACUUGAGCAAACUCGAGAUCAUCGUCCCUUUAAUUCAUCACCUGAUUCCAGACGAACCUCAAGACCUACCCCGCAUACAUUGACCAGGUCGUCAGAAUGUCCGACGGCAAGACUCCGGUGGUCGCGGAGGCCCAUGAGGUCGACACAUAUCACCCUCCGCAAAAAAUGUUGGACAAACACCCCAGCAAACCGCAUAUUGGUAGCCUUGAGGAGUAUCAAAAGCUGUACCAAGAGUCCAUUACUGAGCCUGACAAGUUCUGGGGCCGCAUGGCCCGUGAGCUGUUGACUUGGCAGCGCGACUUCCAGACCGUCCACACCGGUUCCCUUCUCGAGGGCGACAAUGCCUGGUUUCUGGAGGGUCAGCUCAAUGCCUCAUACAACUGUGUUGACCGACACGCCAUCAAGAACCCAGACAAGGUUGCCAUCAUUUACGAGGCUGAUGAACCCAGUGAUGGCCGGACUUUGACAUACGCCGAGCUAUUGCGUGAGGUUAGCAGAACAGCAUGGACUCUCAAGCAGAUGGGAGUGCGGAAGGGAGAUACGGUCGCCAUUUAUCUUCCCAUGAUUCCUGAAGCGGUCAUUGCUUUACUAGCAGUCGUCCGUAUUGGUGCAGUCCACUCGGUUGUCUUUGCCGGCUUCUCAUCUGACUCGCUGCGCGACCGCAUUAUCGACGCCAACUCCAAGGUUGUCAUCACGACUGACGAAGGAAAGCGUGGCGGCAAACUAAUUGGCACCAAGAAGAUUGUCGAUGAGGCGUUGAAGCAGUGCCCCGACGUGACUGGCGUGCUUGUUUACAAGAGGACCGGAAAUCCCGAUACCCCUUGGACACCAGGUCGGGACCUGUGGUGGCAUGAGGAGGUCGAGAAGUGGCCUUCCUACAUUGCCCCCGAGCCCAUGAACUCUGAAGAUCCUCUUUUCCUGCUGUACACAUCUGGCUCCACUGGUAAGCCCAAAGGUGUCAUGCACUCAACUGGUGGCUAUCUCCUGGGUGCCGCCAUCACUGGGAAAUACGUGUUUGACAUCCACGAUGGCGAUCGGUAUUUCUGUGGUGGUGAUGUGGGCUGGAUUACUGGCCACACAUACGUCGUAUACGCACCUCUUCUACUUGGUGUUUCAACUGUGGUCUUUGAAGGCACCCCAGCUUAUCCUAACUUCUCCCGAUACUGGGACAUCAUCGAGAAACACAAGGUCACUCAAUUCUACGUGGCCCCGACAGCGUUAAGAUUACUCAAGCGUGCCGGUGAUGAAUAUGUGAAGCACCACAUGCCCGAGUUGAGAAUCCUGGGCUCCGUUGGCGAGCCUAUUGCCGCCGAGGUAUGGAAGUGGUAUUUCGAGGUUGUCGGACGAGAGGAGGCACACAUUGUGGACACAUACUGGCAAACCGAGACUGGCUGCAACGUCAUUACACCGCUUGGAGGUGUAACGCCCACGAAGCCCGGUAGUGCAUCCCUGCCCUUCUUUGGUAUCGAGCCUGCGAUUAUCGACCCCGUCUCUGGUGAUGAGAUUCAUGGUAACGAUGUCGAGGGAGUGCUAGCUUUCAAGCAAGCUUGGCCCAGCAUGGCGAGAACAGUCUACGGCGCUCAUAAGAGAUAUAUGGACACUUACUUAAAUGUUUAUAAGGGAUAUUACUUCACCGGUGAUGGUGCCGGACGUGACCACGAAGGCUUCUACUGGAUUCGCGGCCGUGUAGACGACGUAGUGAACGUCAGUGGCCAUCGUCUAUCGACCGCCGAGAUUGAGGCAGCUUUGAUUGAACACCAUACCGUUGCGGAAGCAGCUGUCGUGGGCGUGGCUGAUGAGCUUACUGGCCAAGCAGUUGCCGCCUUUGUCGCUAUCAAGGAUGGCACCGAGAACAGCGAUGCGCUUCGCAAGGAGCUGUCCCUGCAAGUACGGAAGAGCAUUGGUCCCUUCGCUGCUCCCAAGUCAAUCUUCAUCGUCCCCGACCUGCCAAAGACCCGUAGUGGCAAGAUUAUGCGCCGCAUUUUAAGGAAGAUUCUUGCGGGUGAGGGUGACUCAAUAGGUGACACUUCAACUCUUUCCGACCCCGAUGUUGUCAAUAAAAUUACCGCAGUCGUGUCGGAUUCGAAGAAGAAAUAAGCAAGGGUUUUGUAUUUUGAUUGGGAGAGCUUCUGAUACCACAAUGUUGAAAUAGUUUAUCCAGAAUUCCAAGAAAGGGAACGUUGUUUUCAGUAUUAUAUACGGUGACCAGCUCAUUGAAUGAACUAAUCGAA